AUGGGAAACCUGUCCGCGCUCGUCCUUGCUUUGAGCUUGUUCCACCCCGCCGCUCUCGCUUCAUCUUCUAGCUCUGCUCGACAUCUUGUUCUCAAUCGUCGGAGCUCAUCGGCCUCCGCCAAUGCAACUUCAAGUCUAUUGUCAACGACAUUCGGCACAAUCUUCGAUGUCAAUGUCACUAUCGGCGGUCAAACAUUUCCCCUCCUUGUCGACACUGGAAGCAGUGACACUUAUGUGAUGAGAACUGGCUAUCAGUGUUUCGACAAGAAUAAUGGCACCGAGCUCCCGCAAUCUGCCUGUUUAUACGGUAGUGGGACGUAUACUCCGUCCGCCACAUACUCUGAAAUCCCGAAUGAGAUCUUCGGAGUUCAAUAUGGCGCCGGUAUAGCCUCCGGCAUCUUAGCACAUGAAGAUAUCACACUCGCCGGCAUCACAGUCAAGAAUUCAAUCAUCGGAGUGGCCAAUAGCUCGACCCCCAUGGGUGACGGCGUCAACUCCGGCCUUCUGGGUCUUGCGUAUCCCGCAUUGACAUCGGGCCAUCCGGCCAAUGUCACGGACAACACGACCUACUUCUACAACCGGCUCACAUACGAUCCCUUGCUGUUCACGAUGCACAAACAAGGACUGAUAGACCCAUACUUCAGCCUGGCCUUAGCACGAACGCCACAGAACGCCACCUCCGGCUUCGGCGGCUACUUGUCUCUCGGCAGCCUUCCACCAGUUCCGCACAGCGACGAAUUCACGAGCGUCUCGGUUGAAAUUGACAAUUCCGUCCCCGUCCAAGUGACAUCCAACGAGCGCGUCCGCGCCUACUGGGCGCUUACGGUUUCCUCUAUUGUGUACGGGCCCGGUAACAGCACCACGUCCCCUUCUGCUCCGCAACCCAACAACAUCACCACCCCUUCCACACUCAAAAACGCCACCUCCUUCCAGGCGUUCAUCGACGACGGCAAUUACUUCUCUUACCUCCCCGACACAGUGAUCGCCACUGUGAACUCGCUGUUUUCGCCUCCCGCUGUCUUGGAUCCCACCAGUGGUCUCUGGGUCGUCGAUUGCGCCGCCACGCCGCCUCAACUCGGCCUUGAGAUCGGCAAUCAAACAUUCUUUCUCGACGGGCGCGAUCUGGUCUAUCAGACAGCUGACCCGAGCAGCGGCGAGGCGCUCUGUGUUUCGAACAUCUUGAGUUCGGACUUCAAGCAGGGCACGUAUGGGGAUAUCACGUUGAACAUUAUUGGCGCGCCAUUCCUCAAGAACGUGCUUGCGGUGUUUGACUUUGGAGCCAAUAAGAUCCGGUUGGCCAAGUUGGAGGGAGAAGUGACUGAGAGCGAGGGUCAAGGUCAGGGUGGAAGCGGCAGUAGCAGUGACGAUGGGACUGCUCCAGCUAGCAAUGCUGCUCCGUCUGCGAAGACUUCGAAAUCUUGGUCAUUCUUGGCGCUGAUGACCUCGAUCGUGGGCGUUGGGAUCUGCUUGUUCUAA